CCCCCCACAGCUGGAGAUUGGCAUACGUCGAGACCCACGGGCCUCACAUACCUAUCGUGUUACCCAGGCGUUACUGACAUACAGCCAGCCAUCUCCUGCAAACUAAUCUUCUUCUUCAACCAACAUUCCACCGACAACCUACCUUCCUUUAUCUUUCCAACGUCAUCUGGGGUGGCAUUUGUCUAGAUUUUCCAUCGUGUGCUGACCCCCAAGAAGAAACGUCUUGCUGGGGAGACAAUGGCAGCACCAACUGAGGCCCAGAAGGCUCACCAGGACCUCAUCGAUCAGCUUGACAUUCAUUCCAUUCACAAGAGCUUUCGAAACCCUCACUGGCGACCUAACCAGCGCCGCAACAAGAACAUCAAGACCAUACUCGGCGAUGCCUCGAGAAAGGAAGCCUCCAUCGUAGCCACGCCGCAAGAUAACAGUGGCACAGCUACUCCGGUUGUCGCAGAGGGCGAUGGCCUCUCCACCAGUGGCUCCUCCACACCUACCCAGCAGCCCGCUGGCAUCACGGGUUCCAAUAACCUUCAGCCGAACCUCGCCCAAGCCUCGCGCAGCCUAUCCAAGCUCGUGCUAGAGAAGAGCCUGCGCCCAAACGGCGCCGCCGGCACCACGUCGGUCUCGGCCGCGGCUCCCAGUGCGACAUACACCAACAUCGAGUCGGCGCCAUCCCUGGCACACACGAAGCGCUACUGCGAUAUCACCGGCCUGCCGGCCCCAUACCUCGAUCCCAAGAGCCGACUUCGAUAUCACGACAGGGAGAUGUUCGGCUUCAUUCGCACCCUGCCGCAGAGCGCUACGGAGCAGUAUCUAGAAGCCCGAGGCGCACACACAGUCCUGAAAUGAAGUGGAACGGAAGAGGCACAAGGUGUCCUGGGAUAUGCAAGAUGGACCACCCAGGUUCCAGACUCCUUUUGAGGCUCAACAGCAUAUACUAUCACGGUGUGGGAAUCUUCGCAAUCGCUAGUUGUUCUGUACAUAUGUACCGGAUUUGGGCCUGGCACCACUCUGGAAGC